AUGCAUGUCAUGCUGCUUUCCUGCUGUCUCUUGGUCUUACUCAUGCCCGGUCCGUGUUUUACGGCACCCACAUUUAUGCCGGAGACAGAGAGCACUCCUUCCACAGAACCACAGGUUGACUUGAAGCUGGCCACAGAAUACCUCCAGCAGUACUACAACCUGGAAAAAGAAACCAUGGGGCGCAUGAAGCGGAGCGGGCCCUCCUUCACUUCCAAGGUGAAAGACAUGCAGAUAUUCUUUGGGCUCAAUGCAACAGGCGUGCUGGACUCAGACACGCUGGAGUUAAUGAGGAGCCCUCGGUGUGGCGUUCCAGAUGUGGAGGAUUACAGCCACAUCCAGGGGACACGAUGGAACAAGAAUGUCAUCACCUACAGCAUUGGCAGGUACACCAGAGAUUUGCCUCGCAACACUGUCGACUCGCUGGUUGAGUCAGCUUUCAGUGUUUGGGCCAGAGCCAGCAGUCUGACGUUUGUCAGGUUGCACACCCGCAACGCUGACAUCAUGGUGGAGUUUGCGACCCACGAACAUGGUGACUUGUACCCAUUCGACGGACCCAGAGGCACACUGGCUCAUGCCUUUGGUCCAGGGCUGGGCGUUGGAGGGGACACACACUUUGAUGACGAUGAGCACUGGACAGCAGGACAGACAGGUUUUAGUCUGUUUGUUGUCGCUGCACAUGAAUUUGGCCAUGCUUUGGGCCUGAAGCACUCCAGAAACCCACAGUCUCUGAUGUACCCGACGUACAAAUCCUCUCACUCAGCCAACUUAUUAUCCAACGAGGAUAUAGCAAAUAUCAACGCACUUUACAGUCCAGUUAGAGGUCGUCCGAAUUACUUUCCAAGGCACGGCUGGAGCUCUCAGAAUAACGCCUGGCUGUCGGGAUCGCUGUUCCCUCAGCUCAUGGAGAACAAAUGUGCCAAAGACCUGACCUUUGACGCCGUGUCCACUGUCGGGGAUGCCACCUUCUUUUUCAGAGAAAAGUAUCUCUGGAUUAAACACAACGAGCAAUAUGACAUCAAAGAAGGUCCCAUCACCAACUUUAUGCCCAAAAUUGAAACCAGCAUCGACGCUGCCUUCUGGGUGCCUCGCAGAUCCACUGCUUACCUCAUUCAUGAAUCCAUGUUCUGGACAGUGAAAGGCUCUCUUGUGAAGGGAAAGCCCCGAGCACUCACACACUUUGGAUUUCCAGCCUGGGUGCAGGACGUUGAUGCAGCAGUGCAUGUAGUGAAAACAGGACGCACCCUCUUUUUUAUGCAUGAUAUUUACUGGAGUUACAAUGAAAACCGAAGGGUUAUGGAUUUUGGUUACCCAAAGUACAUCAGCGAGGACUUUCCUGGAGUCAACACAACGAUAAAUGCAGCUUUUUAUAAAGAGGGUUUCAUCUACUUCUUCAUCGGACCACAAGUCCACAAAUACGACUACACCCAAAAACAAGUUGUUGAAGUUGAGAAAGCAAAUUCCUGGCUUGGAUGUUGA